AUGAGCUCUUACUUCCUCAACUUUACCACGUUUGAUAUCCAACUUUGGCCGCCUCCACCGAAGAUAGACCCGAAAGUCUUCGCUGAGUACGCCCUGAAUCCUUCGUUGCUGGUGCCCUUACUGCUGGUCUACCACACCUUCACUUCAAUAGUGCUACAAGCCCAAAACUUCCGCGACUACCCAGGACGACGUGAUUCUGUCUGGUAUCAGAAGCAUUGUUCGCUGUCGGAGAACAUCCACCUACUGGUCGUGAACAAGAUGGUACAACCAACGCCAGCAGCGACCUUGGAGAAUUUGUCACGCCUAGCAUCGAAACCUGGUGUCCAAUCCACCCUCAUUCUCUCCAAAUCUGACGGCUCUAUCAUUCGCAGCACUGGGCUUCUUGCUGGAUCGUCAUCCUCGUCUUCACGAGACCUAUCCGUGGGGAAUGGUUCAAGCCAUGAUGGUUCCGUAGAGCCGGUGGAUGCAAUAAGAACUGGGAUUGCUUAUCCUAGCAGCACAAAAGAUGAGAAGAAAGGUCACAGUGCAGAGGACAUUGCACGAAUGGUAUUUGCGUUUGUGGCAGGAGCAAAGGCAUUCACAGAGGGCAUGGACAUGUCGGAUGAAGUCAAACUCCUUCGGUUGAGGACACGCAAGACUGAGAUAGUCAUUGUCCCGGAUGCGAAGUUUCUACUCGUUGUCAUACAUGAUACUCCGCCAGCUUAG